GAAGAAUUAUCUCCCUUACAAGUACUUCCUCAAGAAAAAAAACAACAUGAACAUACGGUUAUGUAAAACAAUAUAUGAUGUCCUUGAUAUUACAACUAUUUCUAUGGUGAUAAAAGUCCACACGUUUACAGCAGCUAUGGUAACUAAAGGCAUCAUCGGAACAGAGUAAUCGGAAACUUAUUUCCUCUAGAAUCAUAAGCUUUACAUUGAUAUUAGUGAAGAAUGGAUACCAAUCAUUCUAUAUCAUCUCCACACAGUGAACAUAAUGACACUCAUACAGAUGCAGGCACAACUGUUAACUUUGACAACUUGUAUCCUGCCAUUGUCCAAUGUUUUGCCGUCAUUCUCUUCGGUUACAUUGCUGGACGAGCAAAUAUCAUCUCUACCUCACAAGGAAAAGGAAUUGGGACUUUUGUCUCAAAAUUUUGUCUUCCUGCUCUGCUUUUCAAAAAUAUGUGCAUUUUGGAUUUUUCCAUUGUUAACUGGAUGUUUUUGAUAAGUGUGUUAAUCUCAAAAUCUGUUGUAUUUAUAAUUGUUACAAUUGUAACAUUAGUUGCCAAGCGACCAGUAAAUUAUGGAUAUGCUGGAUUGUUUGCUAUUUUUUGUACACAAAGCAAUGACUUUGCUUUAGGAUAUCCUAUUUUACAAGCCUUGUACCAAGAAAGCCAUCCCCAGUACCUGAACUACAUCUACCUGAUUGCUCCUGUGUCUGUGGUUAUUCUCAAUCCUAUUGGAUUUUUAUUGUUGGAAAUUCAAAAAAAGAAGGACGGAGAUAAAGUAGACGUGUCUAAGAGUAUGAAGAGUAUAAAUGACUCGGGUUCAAAAUCUGGGACAUGUGCCUUGAUACUGCAUGUGAUUAAAGGUGUAAUCACAAAUCCCAUUGUAUUCAUGACCAUCAUUGGUAUCGUUGGAAACUUCAUACUACGGAGAAAUUUACCAUUGGUUAUCUCAGAAAUUCUUGAUGUUUUAGGUGAUGCAUUCUCUGGGGCAGCUUUGUUUUAUCUUGGUCUUAGUUUAGUAGGGAAAAUAUCAGGCCAGAUGGGUCCACAACUUAUAGUACCAGUACUUCUAAUAGCAGCUAAAGCGUAAGUAUCUAUGAUGCUU